GCUUGGGAAUCUAAGAUCAAGACGACUGCAGGCAGCAACGGGACGUAGAUAUGAAUCUUCGAGAUCUGCAAUUCGGAGAUUUAAGAACCGCGUUAGCUUAACGGACAAGCCUCACCUGUCGGCUCCUCUAUUAUAUCCCAUAUCAUAAAACAUGACAACUUAACUACUUUUACUUACAUAGCUUUGGUUUCUUUUCUUCUUUAGUUAAGCGUAUUGGUGACGAAAUGCCGUUAAAAGGAAUCCAAGAUUUGCCAUUUUACCUUCUUCUUCUUCUUCUCUUCUCAACCCCCUCCGCCCUCAUCCCUUCUUCUCUCAGCUUCCUACCCUUUCCCCAUUGCUAAAGGGGAAUGAAUGAAGACUGAUGAGAUGAAGCUGCCUUCCUAUUUUGCUACAUUUGCCUUCCUGUUUCUGUGUUUCCUUUCAGUAAACGUUGCCGACUUAGACUCAGAUAAGCAAGCCCUCCUGCGAUUUUCUGCCAGGGUUCCUCAUGGUCGGAAACUUAACUGGAGCUCUGCUACUCCGGUAUGCACUUCGUGGGUUGGCAUCAACUGCACCAAGGAUCAAUCCCGUGUGAUGGCUCUCCAUCUUCCUGGUGUUGGACUACAUGGUCCAAUUCCAGCCAAUACACUUGGAAAGUUGGAUGCUCUCAUGAUCCUCAGCCUCCGGUUGAAUAGUCUUAGCGGUAACCUUCCAACGGAUGUACUCUCUCUUCCUUCUCUCCGUUACAUAUACCUUCAGCACAACAACUUUUCAGGUCGCAUUCCUCCAUCUCUCCCUCCCCAUUUGAAUUUCCUUGAUCUCUCCUUCAACUCCUUGUCAGGCACCAUUCCAGCCACAGUUCAAAACUUGACCAACCUCACUGGUUUAGAGCUUCAAAAUAACUCCCUUACAGGACAGAUCCCCAAUUUCAACCUUCCAAGGCUUAAGCUUUUGAAUUUGAGCUACAACAAUUUAAAUGGAUCCAUACCAUCUUCCCUCCACAAUUUCCCUGUUUCUUCUUUUGUAGGAAACCAUAUAUGUGGGCCUCCAUUGAACCAGUGUCUUACAAUCAACCCUUCUUCACCUUCUCCUUCCCCUACUCACUUACCUCCAUCAGCAAAACCAGGGAACUCUCAUAAGAAACUAAGUACAGGUACUAUAAUUGCCAUAUCAGUUGGGGGUUCAGCACUAGUUUUAUUAUUGUUUCUGUUCCUAGUGCUGUGGUGCUUAACUAGAAAGAACUUUCAAGGCAGCUUUACAUCAAAAGCUAAUGGUGGAAGGACCGAAAAACCGAAGGAAGAUUUCGGUAGUGGGGUGCAAGAGGCAGAGAAGAACAAGCUGGUUUUCUUUGAAGGUUGCUCGUAUAAUUUCGAUCUAGAGGAUUUGUUGAGAGCUUCUGCUGAAGUGCUUGGAAAAGGAAGCUAUGGUACAACCUAUAAGGCCAUCUUGGAAGAAGGGACAACAAUGGUUGUAAAGAGAUUGAAAGAAGUAGUUGCAGGGAAAAGAGAAUUUGAACUACAAAUGGAAAAUGUGGGAAGGCUUGGUCACCACCCAAAUCUUGUACCUCUCCGUGCUUAUUACUAUUCCAAGGACGAGAAGCUGCUGGUCUAUGACUAUAUACCAGCUGGCAGCUUUUCCUCAUUAUUGCAUGGAAGCAGGGAAAGUGGACGUCCCUUACCAGACUGGGAUACAAGGUUAAAAAUAUGCUUGGGAGCAGCAAAAGGCAUCACCCAUCUCCAUGCUUCUGGAGGUGGAAAAUUCGUCCAUGGGAACAUCAAGCCCUCCAACGUCCUCCUCACUCAAGACUUGCAUGGCUGCAUUUCUGAUUUCGGAUUGACUUCUCUAAUGAGUUCCCCAACCGUUCCUUCUAGAGCGGUAGGAUACCGAGCUCCCGAGGCGAUAGAAACUCGAAAGUUUACACAAAAGAGUGAUGUCUAUAGUUUCGGUGUGCUUCUCCUAGAGAUGCUGACAGGCAAAGCAGCAGUAGUCCAAACAUCAGGGCAUGAGGAUGUGGUGGACCUCCCGAGGUGGGUUCAGUCAGUUGUGAGAGAGGAAUGGACUGCCGAAGUGUUCGACAUAGAGCUGAUGAAAUACAACGACAUUGAAGAAGAGCUGGUACAGAUGCUUCAGAUAGCAAUGGCAUGUGUGGCAAGGUUGCCGGACGUGAGGCCUAGCAUGGAGGAAGUAACCAGGACGAUUGAAGAAAUCCGAUCAUCUGACUCUGAGAACCGGCCUUCAUCAGAUCAAGAAGUGGCUUAGUUAUUGUGAUUUGCAGGGCCUCCGUCCAUUAUACGUGUGAUGUGAUUAUUUUAGGAUUAGUAGAGAAUGAUUGACAAUAUGUGUAUUGAGUAUUGACCUCUAUACCUAUUCUUCAAUUGCAUUUAUUUUUUUAUUUUUA